ACAACUUACAACACUCGGCGUCCGUUGGCCCAAAGCGGUCGAGGGGCAAGUGGGGGUCAAAUGGGUGAUGCUGGGAGCUGCGAGCUCGGCUAAAAGCUGAGGCCAAAAUGUUUGUCGUAGCCGAUUGCGUCGGCCCAAAGCGCUCAGUGUGCUCGAACUGCUCGGAAACUUUUCAGGCAGCCCACAUAUCGCCAGUUGGCUCGAAAACAAAAACACACACGAAAAACAGUUUGCCAAGCGAGAGCGCCCGUUGAACACGUCGCUCGCCAGUCGCACUUGAUUUUGGUCUACUUCGUUUUAAGUGCCAGCGCGAGUUUUCCCGCCGAAGAUGAGGAAAUCGUGGGGAGGAUUUCAGACCCCACUCUCUGAGAAUGGAGAAGGUGCAGUCAGCUCCUCCGUUCGGUUGGUGAAGAUCCCUCGGGCCGCUCCCUCGAUGGAGAACUUCGGAUUCCAGCUGACCCGCAGCAAGUGGGACCCCUAUCCCUGGGUAUGCGAAGUGGCCACCGGCACACCUGCAGCACUCUGCGGCCUGAAACCCGGCGAUUGCGUUCUGGAGGUAAAUGGUCAAGAUGUUUUGGGCCUGCGAGUUGCUGAAAUCGCCAGAAUGGUAAAAAGCCAAAAAGAAUGCGUCACACUUCUCUGCUGGAACAGUGAGUGUGAAAAGGACUGUGAUAAGAACAGCAUCUGCUGUGCGCCCAUGCCAACAAGUCUGCGACGCCUGUCCCUCAUCCUGGAGAGCAUCCUGCGCCUGGUGGAGUGUCCUGUCUGCGGAGUGACCAUCUCUCCUCCGGCGAUGCAGUGCCAGAAUGGACACAUUCUCUGCGUGGACUGUCGCAUCCGCUCGGAACGAUGUCCUGUCUGCCGGGACUUUUACACUCCCCGCCGGGCUCUGUUGGCGGAGCAGAUUUUCCUGACCAUCGCCAACGCCUUUGAGAUGUGCAACACGGAGAAUAAGCUGCGGCAGAAGCUCUUCGCCGGGAUAACACGACCAGUCGGACAGCCGAACAGGAUAAGCGGUCAGGACACCUGGCGAAAACGCAGACCGGUGCUGCCAACGAACAAGUUCCUAACAAAGUUGCUCGAGGGAAGCGCCUACUCGAUGGAGAACCUCUCCCCCUCGAAUGCCGCCACCCUGCUGCGAACUAGUUCCACCGAUGGCUUCGGCGACUCCAACGAAAUCUCGGCCAGAACAUCACCAGUGACAGCCACGCCCCCUGGAAGGACAACAAUGCAUCCCACGCACGACGGCCAAGUGGAGCAUCCUUCAUUCCCGCUGAAUGAUUUACAGCAGGAGGGAUUUGAGCCGAGUGCCGAGGGCGUUGACGAGGAGACCGCAUCGGACAGUGGCCACAACUCUGCCGCAUCGCAGCAUCCUUCGCCGUCCUGCGGCACACGAGCCGUCAAUGAAUCUUCGGUGGAGACUCAACCCCCUCCAAUUCCCCCUGUCACUCCGAGCCAAGAUUUGCCCGAGCAGGUUGUCCAAACUAAGCCGGCCUCGCUCUUGUAUCGCUGUCCCUGCGAGCUGCAGGAUCCACAGGCUGCGAAUCCGUCAAAGGACCUCCUCCACCAGAACUGCUGCUACAAAUCCGCUUUCCGUUUGCUUUGAGACCGGCUCGCUUGCUCGGUCAUCUCUCAAUCAACUGCAUCGCCUUAUCAGUGCCGCCACUCCGCCUCCUGUUUUCCUUACUAAUUAAAUUAAACGCCAGUUGCUCGGCCAAAGUUGCUUAUCGCGCAAAGAAAGGAGCGCCCGGCAAAGGAAUUGAAUGGGUGUUCGAGUCGGACAAAGAGCCACGAAGGAGAUGCAAAGAAGUUCGUCCGGACAGGCAGCCAGCCAUCCAGCCAUCCAGCCGUCCGGCAAGUUGGCCAAGUUGAGUUCUAAUUUAAUCACUCCUGAACGCUCCAAUGACUUUGUGUCAUUUGGCGUCAAAGUUGCGCUGCCCGAUAAUGAACCUCCGGCAGUCUGCAUUGGGGGGUUUAUUUGACAGAUGCAUGUUUUAGAUAUA